AUGAAAAGUAAUCUCCUUUGUGUUGAUCAACUUCGAGAUUUUGGUAUAAUUGUGAAUGAUGUGCCCCUCCAACGUCUGAAACGCGAAGAUCGCAAUCAAUAUUCGCAUUCCAUUAUUGAUGAAAACUCGGGAUUACACAUUCCGAUGGACUUCCUGAAGCCUAUCAGCUUCUUUGCUUGUCGCAAACCUGCGCUGUCUGAACUUGAUGAAUAUGUCUCAGUGGAAAUGACCAGUUCCGUCCCUUGGGAACCUUAUGACCCGGAAUCCGUGCUUUGCGGGACUGGACUAAAGUCGAAGGCUCAAGACGAUUUCGCCCCACUCAAUUCCAACUUGAAUAUCCUAGGAAAUAAAUAUGUUGCUGUCUAUGCUGCUGCCUGUCAAUGGGCCCGUGGCUACGCUUUGAAGAAAGAAUCUGAAGUGAGCAACUCGCUCAAGGAACUAUUUCGUGAUAUUGGCUUUCCAAGAGUUCUCCGACCUGAUGAUGCUCAAUCGUUGACUGCUGGAGAAUUUCGAAGAGUUGCAAAUAAGGCCCAGGUUCCAAUACAUCCUAGCGAGCCUUACAAUCCUGAUCAGAACCUUGCUGAAGAUUGUAUUCGUGAAGCAACAAAAAUGUAUGUUCGUUUUAUGACAAGAAGAGGGAUCCCAAAAGCGUUCUGGGAUCGAGUCUUUAUCUAUUGCUUGGAAUUAAGAAGUCACAUGGUUCUUGGUCACUCUCGACAAGGUGAUGACUGUGGUGCCGGUUGGAUCUCCGGUAAUACGAAAGAUAUCUCGCAUCUGGCUGAUUUUGGUAUCUAUGAUUGGUGUUGGGCUUUGUCCCCGACACACUCCAGUCAAGAGAAUAAGCAAUUGUGUCGUUGGCUUGGACCUAGUUUUAACAUUGGCGGAUCUCUGUGUUUUGCAUGUGCCACUUCUCGUGGAAAAGUUUUACAGCGUUCAAGUGUGAUUCCUCUCUCCAGAGAAGAGCGGGAUAGUACAGAUAUCAAAGAUCUGAAAAAGUGUUUUACCGAAGACUUGCAUAACUGUUUGAAAAACUCUGACCCCAUCAAGAUUGAUGAUUUACAGGAUCCUUCGGGUGCUUACGAAUCUGAUGAAAAGUAUAUCAGACCUCUGCACACGAAUGCUAACACUCCGCACUUUGAACGAUAUGAAGAUGAUGAAAUGUUGCAGCAUGAAGAGCUUUUUGAGGAAGCCCCAUCUGAAGAAGAUGAUCAGGUGGAAUUUGACAAAUAUGUUGGUGUUAAGAUCCGGAAGAAUGAAAAUGGUAUUGACAAAUUUGGAGUUGUUCGUGGAAGAAAAAGAAGAGCAGACGGCUCGAUGGUUGGUUCGUAUCAUGAGAAGCCUGUCUUGGAUACUUCUAUUUAUGAAAUCAAAUGGCAUGACGGUGAAACUGAAUCCUAUCGUGCAAACGAAGUUAUUGAAGCAAUGAUGAUGAAUGUUGACGAUGACAGUAAUAGUAUCCUCCAUAAUAAGAAAGUUCCUCGAAGAACUACAAAAGGGUGGUAUCUGUGUGCUCAAAUUCAUGGUGAUGAGACAGAAAGGAUUGAUUUGAAAACUGCAAAGGAGGCCUAUCCAAUUCAGGUGGCCGAAUAUGCUGUUGCUAACAAACUUGUGUCUGAGCCUGCUUUCUCUUGGUGGGUUCCUUAUACUUUGAAGAAGUUUGAUAGAAUUCUAAAGGCUGUUAAAAGAAGAGCCUUAACUCGCAAGACUGAGAAAUUUGGUUUAGAAUUGCCUGGUACUGGUCCAAAAGGUGUGAGACGUGCCUACGAGAUUGACGCCAACACUGGUAGCAAUCAUUGUGGAAAUGCUAUUGAAAAGGAAGUUAAAACUGUGUUGCCUGCUUUAAGAAUCUUGGGACCAAAUGAACCUGUUCCCCCUGGAUAUACUUGUAUUGACUUGAUGACUGUCUUUGAUGUCAUGAUGGACCUCACACAAAAGGCCCGGAUAUGUGCUCAAGGGGACCAAACUGAUCCUACUCUUUCGAUGAGACUGAAGAGUACCCAAUGGAUUUGGAGAAUGGGGAGCAACAGUGUGUGA